UGCGGUCACUUGGAGGCGCCCACAACCUGUGUGCAGAGACAAUUGAUAGCCGGAGCCUGGAAGAUGGACUUUGAUGUGUCACAUACUUUGUCAAAUUAAUCCUUUCGCUUUUCUAGACAGCUUACAGCCCAAAGCUGCUACCGCCUUCGACAAUUACAAAGAAAACGCUGCUGAAUUUGGAAAGAAGAGGCACCGGGGCAUUCACAGGAUGCAAUGGAGGUCCACAUGGCAGAGCACAAGUAGAUUGGCACCGUCUUUUAACUGAUGCUCCGAGCACUUGCUUUCUUACAUUAAACUUCAAUUUCUAAGCUUUCUAUCACUGGACAAUGGCGGCGGUGACGAGUCCUGAGUCGACACCUCAACCCCGGGUCUAUUUUCAAACACCUCCCGGCACCGAGGAAGAAGUUCCACAGAAACAAGGGCGAGUGACCGUGAAAUAUGACAGAAAAGAACUGAGAAGGCGACUGAAUCUGGAGGAGUGGAUAGUUAGCCAGUUAAUGACUUUAUACGACUGCGAGGAGGAUGAAGUCCCUGAGCUGGAGAUUGAUGUGGACGAGCUACUGGAUCUACCCAGUGAUGUAGAGAGAGCCAUCAGAGUGAAGAUGCUGCUUGUUGACUGUUAUAAACCUAAUGAUGACUUUGUGGCUGCGCUGCUGGAAAAGGUGAGGGGAAUGCAGAAGCUUAGCACUCCACAGAAGAAGGGGGAUCUCACCCCAUGAACUCCACGAGCUCCCCCCCCCACCCUCAACCCUGUUACUCCAACCCUGAGAGGUGGAGGCGGGCACACAGACCCAACCACUACAACACAGCGUCUGUCUGUCAAAACGAAGACGAGCGAGGAGUUCAGCCAAGCCAAUCUCAGCUGCAGGUUAACCACCCCAACUGUCUUACUUUGUUUCAGUAGUUUCCUUGAUAUAUUAUUCACGUAGAGAGUGUGGUAGUGUCCUUUUUAGCUUAAAGGUAUGGGAGAGGAAAUGUGGAAUGGUUGGUGUUAUUCAGUUUUGUACACUAAAACACUAAGUGCCAUAGGACAUGGCUUGGUGCAUCAGUAAUUGAGUAGAAAUUAGAUUGACUUUUUCCUUUUUUGUCCACGUAGUUUUCACUUAAUGUCUUCAUUUAUUUCUAUAAGAACAAGUAAUACUUGUUUUACAAUGGGCUAAGGCAGCUAUUAGAGACAAUGAAGUGAACUGUACUGAUUUGAUGUUGAAGUGUCUUAGAUUGAGGUAUUUUGAUGUGAAAUUAAGGGAAAAAGAAAGUUGGGGAAUUUGCGUGUUUUCAUUCAGUAGAUUUUUAGGGUAUAUCCGGACAGAUCUGUGCUUAGCGCUCUAGACUUGGAUUCAGUAAUCUGACUGCUCUAAAACAGAAGAUCGACAAAUUCAGUUUGAAUUGUAGCAAUACCUUGGGAGUGAAUUUUGUUACAUUCUUCUUUUUUUAACACAUCCUUUCAUGUGUAUGCAGAUCGAAGGCUAUGAUGAACUUUGAUGACGACUAUAAAGGUGCCAGAGUUGAAACGUUGACACUAGUAUGUGGUAUGGGCCUAGCUCUAUGAUAAAUCAAGUUUCAAUGUCCAAACAUUUUUUGUACAUAAAACUUUUAUUCAGCUCAACAACUUAAAAUGAACUUUCUGACAAAGCCGAAGUAAACACAGUCCCUGUCUGCUGGAAUGAAAAACUGUACUGUAUGCACUCUCACAACCAAUUAUGUGUAGUAAGGUUCUUAAGAAAAUAAAGAAUGGUGCUAAAAUGUG